AUGGCGGAACAGGAAUCCCAAGUGCAUCGCCAUGCUGAUGCAGAUGGUCACUUCCGACGCAAGGAUUCCGCCUUCCGCUCGGCCGUAUCAUCAGAUCCUGAUGCAGAAUUUCCUGCUGAAAGGGAUCGUUAUGUUCUAUACUUGAACUACGGAUGUCCGUGGGCGCACCGGACCAACCUGGUUCGAUCUCUCAAGGGCCUAGAGGACAUCAUCCAGCUCGUCGUUCUGGACCCUGAGCUGGGCCCCGAAGGUUGGUUCUUCUCUGGCCGAUGGGGAUCCGCAGAAAAAGAUCCCUUGUAUGGGUUCACAAAAUUGAGCCAAUUCUAUUUCAAGGCGCAGCCGGACUAUGAAGGACGCUAUACCGUUCCGAUGCUUUGGGAUAAGAGGAAGGAAACGAUCGUGAACAACGAGAGUGGCGAGAUCAUCAGGAUGCUUUACACAGAGUUCGACCAUCUUCUGCCGGAGGAGCUGCGUGAGGCCAACCGGCCUGGCGGAGGAUUCUACCCGGCACAUCUGAGGUCAGAGAUUGACGCAAUGAAUGAGUGGGUGUAUCACAAGAUUAACAAUGGAGUGUACAAAACCGGAUUCGCCACAACGCAGGAGGCUUAUGACGCGAAUGUGUAUCCACUGUUCGAGGCCCUGGACCGCGUUGAGCAGCACCUGGCACAGCCAGGCCAUCAACCAUACCUGUUUGGGGAGAAUAUCACGGAGGCGGACAUCCGACUGUACACGACCAUUUGUCGGUUCGAUGUAGCCUACUACCUGAUCUUCCGCUGCAACCUGAAGAUGAUCCGACAUGAUUAUCCGCUGCUCGACCGUUGGUAUAGACGACUGUACCAUGAUGAAACACAGCGUACCCGAGGCGGAGCAUUCAAGAAGACCACUUUCUUUGGCAUAUACAAGUUCAACUAUCUGAAGGCGCUAGGAAAGCGAUCGGGCAGUACUCAGACGAUCAUACCGGCUGGUCCAUUCCCGGACAUCCUGCCCUUCGAGGCGUAG